UGAAUGAAGCGUGAGUGGGCUGCGCGCGAAGGCCAGAGCUCAGGGCGCAGAGCGGCAGCCGGGUUCGCGGGAAGAAUAGACCCAGCGGCGAGACAUCCUCUCUGCCACCUCUUCUGCUUCUACCUGCUGUGCUGCCAAAGCCCUCCGCACCAGGCUGGAGAUGCCCCAGCACGGGAUGGGGGACAAGCAUUUCCUUUCCCUCCCGAAGCACCUCUUGGCCAGUGCGUCCUCUGCCACAGACAGCAGCUGUGACACUCCACCCAGCAGCAGGGCGUCCCCGGCCUCCUUGCGCUCUGCCCACAGCCCCCUGGACUCCUCCAGCCAACUCCUGUUCAAGCCCCAGGCUGAGAAGCGGAAUAGCCAGAUAGCCCGUGAGGUGAAGUACAAGUCCGCAGGACCAAAGAACACGCUGUGCGGUUGGCGAGCCUUCACCCCCCAGUGCUUGCAGGUCUUCAACACCCCCAAGGGCUUCCUCUUCUUCCUGUGUGCAGCCUCCUUCCUUCAGGGCAUGAUCGUGAACGGCUUUAUCAACACCGUCAUCACCUCCAUCGAGCAGCGUUUUGACUUGCACAGCUACCAGAGCGGGCUCAUCGCCAGCUCCUACGACAUCGCCGCCUGCCUCUGCCUCACCUUCGUCAGCUACUUUGGGGGCCAGGGGCACAAGCCACGCUGGCUGGGCUGGGGCGUGCUGGUCCUGGGCAUCGGCUCCCUGGUAUUUGCACUGCCCCAUUUCACCGCUGGCCACUACGAGGUGAAGAUGGAUGAGAAGGUGGGGACCGGGGCGUGUCUGGGCAACGGGAGUCAUGUGGAGUGUAUGGACUCGGGCCUGUCCAGCUACCGGCUGGUCUUCAUGCUGGGCCAGCUACUGCAUGGUGUGGGCGCCACCCCUCUCUACACACUGGGUGUCACCUACCUGGAUGAGAAUGUCAAGUCAAACUAUUCGCCCAUCUAUAUUGCCAUCUUUUACACGGCGGCCAUCCUUGGACCUGCUGCAGGUUACCUGAUUGGAGGAGCCAUGCUAAACAUUUACACGGACCUGAGCCAACGGACGGAGCUGACCACUGACAGCCCACUGUGGGUUGGCGCCUGGUGGAUUGGCUUCGUGGGAGCCGGGAUCAUUGCCUUCCUCAUCGCCAUCCCCAUCCUUGGCUAUCCCCGGCAGCUGCCAGGCUCCCAGCGCUACGUCGUUAUGAGAACAACUGAAACCCAGCAGCUGAAAGACCACGGCCACAGAGCAGUGAGCAACCCGGCUUUCGGCAAGACUGUCAGAGACCUGCCCCUCUCCAUCUGGCUCCUCCUAAGAAAUCCCACUUUCAUCCUGCUCUGCCUGGCAGGGGCCACCGAAGCCACGCUCAUCGCUGGCAUGUCCACGUUCGGCCCCAAGUUCUUCGAAGCCCAGUUCAGCUUGAGUGCGUCCGAGGCCGCCACGUUGUUUGGAUACCUGGUGGUGCCAGCAGGCGGUGGCGGCACGCUCCUGGGUGGCUUCCUGGUGAACAGGUUCAAGCUCCGUGGCUCUGGGAUCAUCAGAUUCUGUCUGUUCUGCACCUUGACCAGCCUACUGGCCUUCUUUGUCUUCCUCAUGCACUGUCCCAACAUGCCCAUGGCAGGUGUGACCACUAGCUACGUUGGGAGUCCCCUGCCUGAAGGCCACUUGGACCUGAGGGCGGCUUGCAACGCCAUCUACUGUUGCCAGCCCGAGCACUACAGCCCCCUGUGUGGCUCAGAUGGCAUCGUGUACUACUCCGCCUGCUUUGCGGGCUGCCCCGCGGGUGCUGAGACGGGCCUGGAUGGCCAGAAGAUAUUCCGAGGCUGUAGCUGUGUCCUUGAGAAGGUUUCCUCUGGCUUGGGCAAUGCUACCGCAGGGAAGUGCACUUCCACCUGUCAGAGAAAGCCCCUCCUUCUGGCUCUCGUGUUCGUUGUAAUUAUCUUUACCUUCCUCAGCAGCAUUCCAGCUCUGACCGCCACGCUACGGUGUGUUUGUGAUCAGCAAAGAUCCUUCGCCCUGGGGAUCCAGUGGAUUGUCGUGAGAACACUAGGCAGUAUUCCGGGGCCCAUUGCCUUUGGCUGGGUGAUUGACAAGGCCUGCCUGCUGUGGCAGGACCAGUGUGGGCACCAGGGCUCCUGCUUUGUAUACCAGAAUGAAGCCAUGAGCCGCUACAUGCUCAUUGCAGGGCUCACAUUCAAGGUGUUGGGUUUCCUCUUCUUUGUCACUGCUUACUUCCUGUACAAGUCCCCGUCGGUGUCCUCGGAUGCCCUGGAGGCCUCCCUGCCCAGCCAGUCCUCAGCCUCCGACAACCCCACAGAACAGCUCCAGAGCAAUGUCUGACAACCACGGGCCCCUCUACGUUUCCGGAGGACUCUUCCUGGAUACCCUAACCCCAUCCUCACGGGGCGGGGGGGCAACACUGAGGACCUUGCAAAACUUCACACUGUAUUCUGGGGCCUCGCCCUGCCCCGUACUGUGACCGAGCUGCCUCUGAGACACUGAGGAGGGAGGAGUGUGUCACGUAUGAACCAGACACGUCCCCGACCCCCCGCAAUCUUGGAGGUAUCACUACAUUUCGUGGCUGUCACGGGUCCUGACUUCCUGCCCGACACAGGGCAGCAGUGCCCUGGGCGGCUCCAUCCACUGGAACCAGCCACCUAACGUUUGCUUGAAUCUGCUCUUACUGCCUGUCCUCGAAGCCUGGAGGCCUCUGGCUGGGCAGGAGCAACUUGAAUCAUUAUGUCUGGACUGAACAGUGUUUAUGGAAUCAGAUUUGUACCUGAUCAUGUGACUCAUGUCCAAGCAAACUGCAGAGAGGGUGAGAUCCCAUCUGUGGUGCCACGCAGAUUCCGCGGGCAGUGUGCUUCUAUGUUUUGGU